CAUCGGGGAGUUAUCCCUCUUGACGUCACUAGGGGGCGCCCGUGUUUUAGUUGGUAUAACGUAAACGUAAACAAUAUGGCGUAUGACGGCUGGAAAGUUGAGCGGCUGAAGUUGGAAUUAGCGAAGCGUGGUACAGUAUUGCGGGGGAGGAAAGCAGAUUUGAUUGAAAGGUUAGAGGCAUACGACAGGAACCACAACUUCAGGGACAAUGUUGCGUUUUUACCAAGACCUCCUGCGUUGCCUAAUUGGCCAGUAGGGAUAUUCGGGUUUCGGCAGUUGACACUUGACCACAAAAAUCAAUUGCCAACUCUUGGAAUGGCACAGGUAGAAGGUUAUUUUCUGUAUAGAAUGGCAGCAGACAACCAAUGCCAGUCAGACAUUCAGGCUAUUUCCAAAGGGAGCUUGCUAAUGGAAUCAGGAAGGGUUGAGGCAUGCAGCUUCAAAGCAAAUGGACAUGAUGUGUUUCUGACCGGAACAGUUGCAGCGGCAAUGAAGAAAAAAGUUCACCAGUAAAGGCUGAAGAUAUUGAAUCCAACUUCGACGUUAACAUGGAUGAUCCAAGACCUGAGAGGUUCAGAGGCAAUAAUGGAUACAACUCAUUUGUAAGGAGCCAAGUGAUCAACUAUUGUGCAGUAUCAUCCAAGGACCUUGCAUUUAGAUAUCUUAUGCCGAAGGCAAAUAUACAAGUGGCAGCAAGAGACCAUGACUACACUACACUACCAAUGACAGAACAUUGGGUUGAUACUGGAACUAAGGUGUCAUCUAUGGAAGAAGUCCUGGAGAUUGAAGAAACUACAAAGAAGCAAAGUGUGUGCAAGAAAUGGCACCAGGAGAGAAGAUGGCGUUUGACAUCCUCCAGAUUUGGCGAGAUUUGUAAGGCAACAGACCGUAGAAAUAAGGAAAAACUGUGCCAGUCUAUCUUCAGGCCAGCCAGACUCACUUCACCAGCCAUCAUCCAUGGACAAACUUUUGAGAGGGCUGCUAUUAAAAAAUUUGAAGAAAUUAAUGGUAUAACAGUCAACUUGUGUGGUUUGAGAGUGGACAUUGAUAACAACUUCCUUGCUGCCUCACCAGAUGGCAUAACAAGCCAUUAGCGAUCAUGACGCUUGUGUAAUAUUUUUGUCUGUACCAGUAAACCUUUCUCGUACUUAUACUCGUGAAGUUUGGUCAUACAAACAUGCUGAUUUUAAUAAGUUUAAUGUUUUGAUAAAUCAUUUUGAUUGGACCUCAUUUUUUUCAAAAUUUUGAUUCCGUUGAUAUUGCUAGUGUUAAAUUUACCGAGCAGUUUUUAUCUUUUGCUGAAGAAUGUAUCCCUAAAAAAAUAGUUACUAUAAGACCCCAUGAUAAACUUUGGAUGAACUCUGAACUCAGGAAAGCUAUGCGGUUACGAGACCGGUUCCAUAAAGAAUUUAAACGUGUAAAAUCAACCUCCAAUCAAGUCAAAUAUAAAAAACCAAAGAAACAAGGUUAAUAACAUGAAAAAGCACGCGAGGGAAUUAUUUUAUGAUAAUGUUGGUGAUGUAAUUGAUAAACUUGAUACUAGUAAUCCUAAAUCGUAUUGGAAACUUGUUCGUAAAUUAGUUAAACAGUCUGGUUUACAGGAAGUUAUUCCACCAUUAGUAAAUCCUGAUAAUGGAAAUGUUGAACUUGAUGAUACUGAAAAAUCUAAUAUAUUGAAUAAUUAUUUUUGCUCCAUUUCAACUAUAGAUGAUAGGGAUAUUCCAUUACCCACAUUUAACUGUAGAGCAAAUUCUUACCUUGAUUCUCUUGUUGUUCGAUUUGAUGCGAUUUGUGAUAUCUUAAAAAUUCUCAGAUUAGGAAAAGCAUCUGGUCACGAUAGUAUAAGCCACCACAUGUUAAAAUACACUGCAAAUUCCGUAUGUAAGCCAUUGGCAAUUCUUUUUAAUAUGUCAUUAAACCAAAAUGUUUUUCCUACUAUUUGGAAGAAAGGAAUUGUUUUACCCUUAUUUAAAAAGGGGGACAGGCAUGUGGUGUCCAAUUAUCGCCCUAUUACUUUGUUAUCAUGUAUCAGUAAAGUUUUCGAAAGAGUAGUGUUCAAGUAUAUUUAUAAUUACUUUCUUGAUAACUCCUUAUUUUAUGAAAAACAAUCUGGUUUUAUGUCUCGUCAUUCUACAGUACACCAACCAAUAGAAAUGUACCAUAAUAUAUGUUGUUCUCUUGAGGAAAAAAAACACACCCUGUCUUAUUUUUUGUGAUAUAUCAAAAGCAUUCGAUCGUGUAUGGCACAAGGGUUUAUUGAUUAAAUUAGAAGCAUAUGGUAUUAGAGGUAAUCUAUUACGUUGGUUAAAAAAUUAUAUAUCGGGACGGCAGCAACAAGUUUUAGUAAAAAAUGUAUAUUCUGAUCAAGGCUCCACAAAUGCAGGUGUUCCGCAGGGAAGUGUCUUGGGAUAUUGUUGAUAAUCUGAAUAGUGUUUCACGUUUAUUUGCCGAUGAUACUUCCUUGAUGUUUUCUUCAUCAUCUUGUGUAGAUAUUCAACGAUCUUUAGAUAGUGACUUACAGAAACUUAAUCAAUGGACCCAAGACUGGCUUACUAAAUUCAACCCACAAAAAACUGAUGUAUUAUUCAUAACAAAUUCUAAAAACGUGCCACUUAAUUCAACUUACUUUUGGGAAUGAAAUUUUGAAUUGUGUUGAAAACCAUAGACAUUUAGGUGUAACUUUUAGUUCAGAUGCAAAGUGGUCUCUACAUAUAUCAGAAAUCCAAAAAGCUUGUAUGAAAAAAAUAUCGGUAUUAAGAAAAUUUAAAUAAUUUUUGAAUAGAAAGACACUAUUGCGGAUAUACAAAGUAUUUGUGUUGUCAGUAUUAGAAUAUGCAUGUGAAUUAUGGGAUGGUUGUUCUCUGACAGACGUAAACAAGCUCGAGCAAGUCCAACUAGAAGCAGCAAGAGUUAUCACAGGCAUGCCUUCUGUUUCUAGUAAACAAUCUCUAUAUAAAGAAUCCCAACUUCAACCAUUAUCAGAAAGAAGAAAAUUAAAGAAACUUUCACUUAUGUAUAAACUUCAUAAUAAUCUAACUCCUUCUUAUUUAAGUAAUCUUCUUCCUCCAAGAGUAAGGGAGCGUAAUAUGUAUAAUGUCAGAAAUAACCAAAACUACACUGUCCAAAAUUAUAGAUUAUCCAUUUCUUAUGAAUCUUUUUUUCCGUCUACAGUUAGGUUAUGGAAUAAUUUACCAAUCGAUGUCAGAGAGCAACCAUCCAUCAAUUAUUUUAAAUCUAAAAUCCAACACAACCUUGACGCGUUGCCUUUAUUUUAUCAUGUAGGAUACAGAAAGUUAAAUGUUUUACAUACAAGGUUGCGACAUGCUUGUAGCAGUUUAAAAUAUGAUUUGUUUCUAGUUAAUAUAAUUAAUGAUCCAUCAUAUGAAUGUGGAAAUGAAUGUGAAAAUGUUGUGCAUUAUUUUUUAGAAUGUGUAUUAUAUAGAAGACAACAUGAAAUUUUAUUCAACAACAUUUCUCAAUAUUGUAAUGUCACAAUCAAUGUUGUUCUUUGUGGUUCUCCAAACCUGUCAGACGAGCAAAACGGAUAUAUUUUAAAAUCAGUACAGACCUAUAUUAAAAAUAGUAAUCGGUUCUAAGGUCACUUAAGAAUAUUUCACUUCAAUAGAUCCCCCCCCACUUUUUUUUUGUUAUUCUUUUCUUCUUCCUGGCUUUUCAGCUCUCCUCUUCUUAACAAAUAUCAUUAACUCUAGAAAACUUAAUUGGUGAUAGUGUAUAUUAUUGUAGAUAUGUUAUAGAUAUACAAUGUAUUUUGGGAGAAGGCGUUUCUAAGUUGAGAUAACUUGUGCCUUAUCCUUGUUGUUAUAUUGAACAAUAAAAAUAUGU